AUGAUGGCCGUGGACAUAGAAUACAGCUACAGCAGUAUGGUCCCUUCUCUACCCAAAGAGCACUUUACCUUCAAGAUCUCCCCCAAACUGAACAAGUCACUGAGGCCUUGUAUUCAGCUGGGCAGCAAGGAGGAAGCCGGCAGAAUGGUGGCCCCCACAGAGCAGAAGAAGAAGGUGAAGAAGCGGGUGUCCUUCGCCGACAACCAGGGCCUGGCCCUGACAAUGGUGAAAGUGUUCUCGGAAUUCGAUGAACCUCUAGAUAUUCCGUUUAACAUCACUGAACUCCUAGGCAACAUCGUGAGUCUGACGACAGCAGAGAGUGAGAGCUUUGUUUUGGAUUUUCCGCAGCCUUCUGCAGAUUACUUAGACUUUAGAAAUCAACUUCAGACCAACCAUGUCUGCCUCGAAAACUGCGUGGUGAAGGAUAAAGCCAUCGCGGGCACCGUCAAGGUCCAGAGCCUGCCGUUCGAGAAGGUUGUGAAGAUCAGGACGCCAUUUGAUACCUGGAAAAGCUUCACAGACUUCCCUUGUCAGUAUGUGAAGGACACUUGUGCUGGUUCAGACAGGGACACGUUCUCCUUUGAUAUCAUCCUACCAGAGAAAAUUCAGUCUUAUGAAAGAAUGGAGUUUGCCGUGUGCUUAUUGUCUCAUGUUUUCAGUACAGUAGCAGACACAAGAUCAGAAAUCAUAUCAUCACAAUGA